AUGCAUUUCCCUUCCCUCACCAUCAUCUCCACCACCCUGCUCGCCGUCCAGAGCUCCGCCCAAUUCAUCCGCAAAGCAUCUUCUCGUCCUGUCUCGAGUGCAUCCGAGGCAUUAGCGGAUCUCCCUUUUUCAGAAUCCCGAACUGGCACCAGGGACCAUGCAUAUGCGAUUCCGAAGAGCAAUCUCGCGCCCGUUGACCCGUUACAGCCGGGAAGUGAGGUUGCGCCGGUGUUGAUCGGGAAACCGACCGGUGUGGAUGCGGGGAAUGCAUUCUGUUUGGGACAGUGUUAUCCUGAGAAGAGUCAGGCGCGGUGUGCGGAUCUCUAUCAACGCUUGGAGACGGGGUAUAUCUCCAGUGAUCCAUCCACCGGCAAUGCCAUCCGGUCGAGAGCCUCGUCCCUGGCGGAAAUGGACAAGCCCCCCAGCUCAUCCUCGUCGGUGGGCUCCCUGGAAGCUCAGGAUCAAGUGAGUGAGGAUCUCAAUCGGUCCGAGCAAUCUCGAGCUACCGGCCAUUUGGGCAAGAGUUCGGAAAUCACCUGGAUGCAACGACUGCAGGAGACCGCUGUCCAGCGCCGCAAAAAGUCAGGCCCCGGCACGCAAGUGGGAGUUGAUGGCACCCUGGCGGACCUCCCCAAAAAUCUGAAUUAUCAUCUCGACGACUUUGAUAUUCACGUCGCAGAGCCAGUUCAAAAGUACUGGGUACCGCCUCGGCCCUUGGCCGACACAUUGCUGGACACCUAUCUGGCCGUGGCGCAUCCAUAUUUUCCCAUCAUCAAUCGCCCAUUGUUUCAAGAUCAAUAUCGAGCCUUCUUCGAUGAGACGGUACUACCCGGCGACAAGUGGAUCGCCAUCUUAAACACCAUCUUUGCCGUGGCGGCAAGUUAUGCGCAAUUGGCCGAAUUGGAAUGGCGCGAUGAAGCGGAGGAUCAUCUGAUCUAUCUCGCACGUGCCCGAAUGCUGAGUUUGGAAGGCGACGAUCUCUUCCGUCAUCCCGAUCUGCAACAGGUUCAGCUAGAAGGGUUGAUCACCUUCUACCUUCUCACCAUCGAUCAAAUCCACCGAGCAUGGCGAAUCUCGGCCUUGGCGGUUCGCUCAGCCAUCUCGUUGGGUCUCAAUUUGAGAAACAACAGCCCGGCAGUGCCUGGCAUCUCCAAGGAGAUUCGCAAUCGGGUGUGGUGGUCAUUAUUCUCACUGGAGAACAAGCUCGGCAUGAUGACCGGUCGCCCGACGUGCGUCUCCGUCAACAUGUGCAGCUCGCCCUUUCCGCUCCCGUGGGAGGAAGUUGCGCUCCCGGCACCAAACGCCUCGUCCCUGUUGACCGACCCUGUGCUGCGCGAUGGCCGGAUCAACGCCACCAUGGCAAGCCUGUACACUCCCGGUACGCCGAUGGGUCAAUCCGGGGGGGUAGGUGAUAUCCGGGCCACCCGUCAUUGGCUUCGAGAUCAGCCUGUCAGUUCAGCGCUAUGCUUUCUAUACUCGUGUGAUCUGACAAUGAUCACGCAAGAGAUUCUCGACCGGGUAUACGCCAUUCGCUCGGCGAAACGAGACUGGUCGUACAUCCAGGUCAUUCUGGCCGAACUGGGUGGCAAGAUUGACAUUUGGUUCUCCACCCUGCCCAAGACCCUGGACUUUCUGGCCUUCAACAUCCAAGACGUAUACUACAAUCAAAAGAUGCAAUUGGCACUACAGUACCACGGCUCCAAGAUCUUGCUGGGUCGGCCGUGUCUCUGCCAGCAUAAGUCGUCCUCCCGGGGCAAGAGGCAGGUACUGAAUGACUUCAAUAAGACGAUGAGUCUUUCGGCGUUGGAAUCGGCCGCCCAGAUCACCCACUUGAUCCCCGACGGGCAGACCCUUAGCUCAACACACCGUCAUGGACCGUGGUGGUCCCUGCUUCAUUCCGUCAUGCAGGCCGUGGCAAUCAUGAUUCUUGAAAUUUCCUUCGGCUAUGUCCAUAUGCCCGAAGGAGAACGUCUUCUCAUCCCACUGACCAAAAAGUGCAUCCGGUGGCUUCAUCAGACCUCCGAGAACAGCGUGGCUUCCCGACGGGCCUGGCAACUGUGCGACAAUACGCUGCGACAAUUGGCAAAUUCGAUGAAAUUUCAGGUCGGGGAUAUGCUGCCGCCCCCCACGUGGCAUCGGAAGACUUUCGCGGGUGGUUCGGUUGAUUCCUCGCUGAGGCAGAGGUCGCAGGGAUCAACCGAGUCCGAAAGGGAAAGGUCGAAUGUUCAGAAGGAAACCACCAUUCGAAUUGCCGACGUGCUUACAACCGAGCCGGCAGUCCUUGGCCAGUCAAUGGGGGAUAUCCCUCAUCAUUACCAGCAGCAGCAUAUCGGUGUGGCGUCAUCGUCCACUUCUUCAUUUGGAUUGUCCGCCGCCAACGUUACAUCUGCCUAUGGACUCCUCGAUCAGGACUUUGUACAAACAUUCUUCCCUGAGCUCUGCAGUGAUGAUUCUUCUGAUUGA